CUUCGAAAGAGUUGAGAGGCAAGCUGAGUUCUUUAGCCCCACACCCCAGACUGAGCAUAAGGAUUGGGGUCCGGGUGCGAAUUUAGAAGAAGCACGAACGCUUGAGGAAGAGCCCAAAGACCUUAAGUCAGGGAAAAGGGACAUAGAGUCUUGGGGCCCUCUGGAUUUCGCAUCAAGCGAAACCUUUGCUUCCAGAGCCCAGAGUGCGGUGUCCUCUCGGAGGAGGCACGGCAGCCCCUGCCCCUCACCCCUGAGCGGCGUCGAGGAAGGGUGUUUUAUCAUGGCUGAGGCCACGGAGCCCAAGGAGGUCUCUUCGGGUUCCCAAGGGCAACCAGAAGGUGCGGUGAUCGAGGGACCAGGAGAGCCUGGGGCUGCGGACCUGGAGGGGCGGGAAGCGAGCGAGGGAGCUGCAGAGGCACCCAGGGACCUGGGGGAGGGCGCGGAGGCCAUGGCCUCAGGGAAGGAGGAAGGAGGCUGUGGGCAGGAUGGGGAAAUCGGGGAAGUGCAGGCGCAGGACCCGCGCCCGGGCCCCGGGACGGAGACACCGGGCACCAGUGGAGCUCCGGGUGAAGCGGAGGCUGCGGAAUGCGACUCCGAGGGCGCCUUGAUCCCGCAGGGAGCGGAGGAGGCGCCAAGCGCCCAGCAGGUGCAGGGAACGAGCUCGGGGCUAGACGCUCAGGGUGAGGCCCCUGAGGUCCCCGAGGACGCUCGCCGGGAGCCAGAGGACCCCAAGGCUUCAGAGGCAGGGGAAGAGGCAGAAUCUGGUCAGGAAGCUCUGGGAGGCAGCGCGCCAGAGUCGCAGAUCAAUCCAGAAGUCCAGGGACCUGUAGGGGACAACAUGGACACAGAGGCCCCCGCAGGAGAGCCACAGGGGUCAGAGGGAGAGCCCCAGGGUGGAGGGGAAAGCAGCCCUCAGCCCCAGGAUGAGGCGAUUGAGAUUGCAGCCGCAGAGGUUGGAGGGCACGAGCCCGGGGAGCUGGCGGGCGCUUCAGCCGCAGACGCCAAGGGGGAAGGGGAAACCCUGAGGAAAGAUGGGUUCGAGGAAGCUGCUCCCGAGGAGGCAAGAGUAGACUCUGGCGAGAAUGGGUUCGAGGAAGCAGCUCCCGAGGAGGCAAGAGUAGACUCUGGAGAGAAUAGGGACCAGGGCAGGCUCCAGGAGGAGACCGGGGAGGAAGAAGCGAGACCGGAAUCCGGGUUGAAGGGACCCUGCGAGGAGGCCAUCCAAGAGAAGGCCCCCGACGGCAGCCUUGAUGGAGAGGAGGCCAAAUCCACCGGGCACGAGGAGUCGCAAGUGGAGCUCAGUAACCACCUAGCGGAGGAGACCAGCGCCCAGGGCGGAGAAGAGUUGGGGCGAGUGAAUGGACGUAGGGAGAACGGCCCAGCUUCGGAGGAGGGGGAUCUGGGACAGGAGCACGACAUCACCCUCUUUGUCAAGGCUGGCUCUGAUGGAGAGAGCAUCGGAAACUGCCCAUUCUCACAGCGUCUCUUUAUGAUCCUCUGGCUAAAGGGUGUUAUAUUCAAUGUGACAACGGUGGACCUGAAACGGAAGCCUGCAGACCUGCAGAACCUGGCUCCUGGGACCAACCCUCCUUUCAUGACUUUUGAUGGUGAAGUCAAGACAGAUGUGAAUAAGAUUGAGGAGUUCUUAGAGGAGAAGUUAGUCCCCCCGAGGUACCCUAAGCUGGGAACCCAACACCCCGAAUCCAACUCAGCGGGAAAUGACGUUUUUGCCAAAUUCUCAGCGUUUAUUAAGAACACCAAGAAGGAUGCAAAUGACAUUUAUGAAAAGAACCUACUACGGGCCCUGAAGAAGCUGGACAGUUACUUAAACAGCCCGCUGCCAGACGAAAUAGAUGCCUACAGUACGGAGGAUGUCACUGUUUCCCAGAGGAAGUUUCUGGAUGGGGAUGAGCUCACACUGGCCGACUGUAACCUCUUACCCAAGCUUCACAUCAUUAAGAUUGUGGCCAAGAAAUACAGAGGUUUUGAGUUUCCUUCUGAAAUGACUGGCAUUUGGAGGUACUUGAACAAUGCUUAUGCCCGGGAUGAGUUCACUAACACGUGUCCAGCUGACCAGGAGAUUGAACACGCGUAUUCAGACGCAGCGAAAAGGAUGAAGUAAUGCUGGCUUGCGUCUUUCCUCAGAUGAGUGAACAGGGCUUCCAGGAGGACCUUCUAUGUUUCUUCCCCAAAACAGCUUUUGCAAAAAGAACGCUGACUCUCUAAAUGCCACCGCAGGAUGCAUGGUCUUGCGAUUUGUCUGCUCCAUCUCAUCUACGCUAAUUUAUAUCUUUGAGAUUCAGUCCUCUGGUCGGCCAUGUUUAGGGAAAUAGUGUUUUGUAGCUUGUUUCAGAGCAAACUGGCUUUGACUCAAGUUCUCACCAUUUUUAAGAGGUUAGUCUUUGAUAGUUGUGAUAAUCACAUGACUCCCUUUUCUCUUCUUAAAUAUCAGUUUAAAAUGGAAAUGCCGGUUUAGACUUAUAGAAUACUUUAGAACAGUAUUAGAGGGUAUGAAGAAGAAGUUAAA